AUGGCGCCCUCGUCGCAGCCGGCGACCCCAACGCCGCACGUCCUGCUGAUCCCCUACCCGGCGCAGGGCCACGUGAACCCGUUCCUUCGGCUGGCCAAGGCCCUGCACGCGCGUGGCUUCUACGUCACCUUCGUCCACACCGAGCACAACCACGGCCGCCUCCUCCGGUCCCGCGGGCCCGGCGCCAUCGCGGGCGCCGCCGCCGACGGCCUCCGGUUCGAGACGAUCCCCGACGGGCUCCCUCGUGCCGAGCUCGACGCCACGCAGGACAUCUGGGCGCUCUGCGAGGCCACGCGGCGGGCGUGCCCAGGCCACGUCAGGGAGCUCGUCCAGCGGCUCGGCCGCACGGAGGGCGUCCCGCCGGUAACCUGCGUCGUUGCCGACGGCGCCAUGGGGUUCGCUGUGCACGUGGCCAAGGAGAUGGGGCUCUCCGCCUACCUCUUCUUCACCCCCAGCGCGUGCGGAUUCUUGGGCUACCUCAACUUCGAUCAGCUCGUGAAGAGAGGCUACGUCCCAUUCAAAGACGAGAGUUGCUUCACCAACGGGUACCUAGACACGCCCCUGGACUGGAUUGCCGGCAUGAUCAGCAACGUCCGCCUCCGCGACCUCCCGACGUUCAUCCGCACCACGGAAGCUGACGACACAAUGCUCACCAUCAACAUCAAGCAGUGCGAGCUGGACGCGCCCGCCGCCGACGGCAUCCUCCUCAACACCUUCGACGACCUCGAGCGCGUCGCGUUGGAUGCCAUCCGCGCGCGCCUGCCCAACACCUUCACCAUUGGCCCACUCGGCCCGGAGGUGUCGCCUCCGUCUUACCUCCCGUCGCUUACCUCGAGUCUGUGGAAGGAGGACGACCGGUGCGUCGCGUGGCUGGACGCGCAGCCGGCGGACGGCUCCGUGGUGUACGUCAACUUCGGGAGCAUCACAGUGGUGACGAGGGAGCAGAUGGUGGAGUUUGCGCGCGGGCUGGCCGCCGCCGGCAGCCCGUUCUUGUGGGUCGUCCGGCCCGACAUGGUGCGGGACGGCGUCGACAUGCUACCGGUGCCGGAGGGGUUCGCGGAGGAGGUUGCGGGGCGGGGCCUGAUGGUGGGGUGGUGUGACCAGGAGGCGGUGCUGGGCCACCGCGCGACGGGUGGGUUCCUGAGCCACUGCGGUUGGAACUCGACGGUGGAGAGCCUGCGCGCCGGCGUGCCGAUGCUGUGCUGGCCCUUCUUCUCGGAGCAGGUGACCAACUGCCGCUACGCGUGCGACGAGUGGGGUGUGGGCGUCGAGUUGUCGCGAGAAGCCGGCCAGGCAGAGGUGGAGGCCGCCGUGAGGGAGCUGAUGGGCGACGGGGAGAAGGCUGCGGCAAUGAGGAGGAAAGCGGCGGAGUGGAAGGAGAAGGCCGCGAGCGCGGUCGCGGCAGGCGGGUCGUCGCAACGAAACCUCGACAGGUUCGUCGACGAGGUCUUGCGCGCGCAUAGUUCUAGGCUUCUAGCUAGUUAA